CCUGUUACUUCUAGUUCAACGGUUAAAAUGAGUCCGGUUUGGUUUCUGUUGCUUCUCUUUGUGCGGACCGCGGAGCUCCGUCACGUCCACAGAGCCCACACAGCCCACAGAGACCCGGAGGGUCAGUCAGGGUCCGCGCUGGAGCUGGAGCUGGAGCUGGAGGCGCAGCGGGCGGAGGAUGCUGGACCGCAGGCAGCGGGGACUCAGGAGUCUCUCUCCCCGGACAGGACUACUCUAGACCGGGGUGAAAGUUCGAGAGUUCCCGAACUGAAGCGAUUCGCGCGAGGAGCCAAGGAUGGGAAUUUCAAAAAAAGAGACCCGCACUCACAGAGCAGCUACGGGCCUCCGAGACGCUACGACGACCCGAGCGGCUACUUCACCACACCGCGGUUACCCGAGUCCGCCCGGCAGGGUAACCUCUCCUCCAACCGUGGGUUGGGGCUCCUCAACCCGCUGUUCCCGGUCACCGACGGCUCUUACUGGGCGUACGCAGUCAUGCUGCUCGCGCUGGUAUUGUUCGCCGCGGGUAUCGUGGGGAACCUCGCGCUCAUGUGCAUCGUGUGGCACAACUUCUACCUGAAGAGCGCGUGGAACUGUAUCCUGGCGGGUCUGGCGUUCUGGGAUUUCCUCGUGCUGUUCUUCUGUCUUCCGGUGGUCGUCUUCCACGAGCUCACCUUGAAGAGGUUGCUAGGAGACCUGUCCUGCCGGCUUGUGCCCUAUCUGGAGGUGACCUCUCUGGGUGUGGCCACAUUCAGCCUCUGUGCUCUAAGUAUCGAUCGCUUCCAUGCAGCCACCGGCCCCGGGCCCCUUCAGACGCCAAAGGUGGAGCCCUGCCAGUCCAUCCUAUCCAAACUGUCCGUCAUCUGGGUGGGCUCCAUGGUGCUGGCUGCCCCUGAGCUGCUGCUGUGGCAGCUCCUCCAGGAGACUGUCAGCCUGCCGGUGCUCCCCAGUGACCAGCAGCAGAGUCAGCCAGGAGGCUCGCUGAUAGCUGCCUUCAGGGCCCGACCAGACGCGUUCAAGGUGGAUAUCUGUGUCCGUGAGCCGUCUGUGGAGCUCCCAGAGAGCAUCUACUCUCUGGUGCUGACCUACCACGAGGCCCGCAUGUGGUGGGUCUUUGGGUGCUACCUCUGUUUGCCACUGCUCUUCACUCUGGCCUGCGACUUGGUGACGAGGCAAGUGUUAGCCCAGCGUCUACUGCAGAAACCCGCUGGUGAGAAGGUGACUGGCAGAUGCUCCUCCUCCUCGUCUUCGUCUUCAUCCUCGACAAAGAAAAAGCAGCAUACGAGAGAGCAGAGACUGCGCUCCACUGUGAUGUCACUCACAGUCUUGUACAUCCUGUGCAACCUGCCAGAGAGCAUUUGUAACAUCACCCUGGCGUAUGUGUCCGACCACGUGUCCGCUGCACUCCCUGCUCUGGCUCUGCCAGCUCUGAGUCUGAUUGGACAGUUCCUGCUGUUUGUGCGUUGCUCGGCGACGCCAGUGUUGUUGCUGUGCCUGUGUCGCUCGCUGGGCCAGGCCUUCAUGGAUUGCUGCUGCUGCUGCUGUGAAGAGUGCCUCCCCGACGGCAACUCCUCUUCCUCCUCAUCUGCCUCAACCACCGCCACCUCCAACCUCUCCUCGCCCACAUCGCCAUCUCCGACCUCCCUGUCUCCGUCCAGUAAAGAUGAGACGAUGAAGAGUCUGUUGGUGCCAGAACCAGCAGUCUGCUACGACAGGGCGAAAGACUCUUCAGCAGCUAUCGGGACGCCCUGCUGAGGUCCAGAACUAUAUUUAACCACAUGUAACUUUAAAGGAUCAUUUAGGUUGAUUACAACUCAGGUCUUAUUCUUGUGGUUUUGUCCAUUUUGUCUAUACUCAUUAAGUUAAUAGCAGAGAUCUGGUGAUUUCACUAAGAAGAAGUCUGAUAGAUCAAGAAACACGAGCAGUCAGAUGAUCAAACAGGUUGGAGACAGAAGUAUGUGGACACCUCUGUUGCAAUUUUGUUUUCCUGGUUUAGUUUUGGUCUCUUAGUUUCUAUGAAAGCUGAUAUUUUAGGAGGUUCAACUUUGUGCCAACAGUAUAUGUUUGUCCCUUUACCUGUUUACCACUUUCCCAGUUUGGUGUGGAAGAACUUGACUGGCCUGCACAAAGCACUGACCUCAACCCCGUCCAGAAACUUUGGGAUGAACUUAAUUACCAGCUGUGAGCCAGACCUGACCACCCGACAACAUCACUGUCGGACCUCUUUCAAGCUCUUGUGGCUAAAUGGGAGCGAAUCCCUGCAGCAGGUUCAUCUGGUGGAAAGACUAAAACCUGCAGAUUAAUGCUCAUGGUUUUGGGAUGAAAUGUGAUGUUCAGCUUACUGUUUGUGUGCUUGUUGGGUUGUUGACACACUCUCAAUCAUGUGGUCUAUCUAAACCACUUUAUUAGUAGUACAGUAAGUAGGGUGAGGUCAAAGUUAAAGCAGGUAGUGGGUCUGUAAACUGAGAUGGACGCUGACCAAGAGGUUAACCGAAAAGUAAAGUCAAUGCAGAAGUGCCUUAAACCUGCAUUGUACAGAAGUCAAUGAGAAAAUGACCCAGUUCUUACUUGAUUUAUUACCUCGGUAAACAUUUCCUGGAUGAGUUUAUGGCCUCAGUCGCUAGUUUUACACCUUCAUUACAGCAUGAUGUUCAGUUUGUAAAUUAUGUUCCCUUUUAGAGUAAAAUAGACAAUAAAGCAGGGUAUGCUGUAGGGUGGGGCUUCCUUGUGAUUGACAAGUCACUACCAGAGCGGUGUCCUUGGGUUCUCAGUCAUACCUAUUCCUCCCUUCUCCAAAGUUUCACCCCCCUCAUUCUAAUAUGGUCACUGCUGGCUCCAAAACACAAGAUGGCGACGGCCAAAAUGCCAAUCUCGAGGCUUCAAAACGGGAGUCCCCAAACUAAUGGAUGACGUCACAGUGGCUACGUCCACUUCUUUUGUACAGUCUGUGAUGCUGACAUUGUUGACUUUUACCUCCACAUGACUUUUACUUACAGAUUUGUUCAACCUGUCUAAAUGUCUGAUUGCUCGAGCUUUCUUGACCUGUCAGACUUUGUUUUAGUGAAAUCACCGUUUUCUCAGACCUCAGCUAUGAGCAUAUUAUUACUGAUAGAAAUGAUGGACAAAACCACCAAAAUAACACCAAAGUUGUAAUAAAUCAGAACAAUCCUUACAUUUCAAUGUGUAUGAACUGGUGGUGUAGAGCCCCUGUAGGAGCAGGAACUUAUCUGACUAGCGUUAGAUAAUUAUGUACAAUAUAGAGUUUGUUUAUUUGUUUGUUUGCUUGUAUUUUUUUAAAGAAAUUUAGUGUGAUGGAUUUAAUCCUGUCUUCAUAGCUCUUAUUAUUUUUUUUGCAGUUUUUUGUGAUACAUUCUAUAGUGGUUAUUAAUCUCUAAUGCUCGAUCAGGAUAUUAGUAUUAUCUGCUCUAAGUACUGUAUGAGAUAGAAACACUGGAUCAUUUGAGUUUGGGGGAUUUUAAAUUGGUCAAAUUGAAGAUAGACAUUCUGAGACUUCUUUGUCAGCAGACUGACAGACUGCUGUGAACUUUUAAACUGUUUUUAAGGCAUACUAUGCAGGGAUCCCUCUCAAUCAUCACUUAUGGCCCAUUAGAAGGGUGUGGCAGUGUAUAUAUCUGCAGACUCUGUCCUCUGCCUGUAUUUUCUUAUUUUUUGUAAAGGACUUUGUAAAAAGGUAGCAGCCAGGUACCAGAUGGAGUAGGCAUCCAAGAAGAAGCUAUGAAAAAUGGCAAAAUGCUAAGCGGACAAAUCUGGGGUUGACUUUCACCAACAAACAGUAGCCUACAAUUCCUGCAUAGUAUACCUUUAACGUGACAUUUUGCUGUUAAAAUGGGAUGAGAUCAUACUACAGAUCAAUCAAUGUUUUGAAGCUACAAGAAACAAUUCAGUGUGACGUUUGACUUGUUUUGUUACUUUUGGUUCAGUAAAGUUUAGAUCUUCUGAAAAACUGUGUUACAUGACCUGUGAUUAAUUCUUUUUCUGUGUGUGUUUUCAAAUGUCUGGUGUAAACCUUAUCAACUAAUACAAAAGUAGUGUUUACAGUGAUUUUUAUUCUACCAAUAACUGGAAUGGAAGUGGGUGUAAUGGAGUUGAACUUCCAUUUAGUGCAUUAGACUCUGAAAGUGCUCUUUUAAAUUCUCUUUUAAAUAUGAAUUUUAAGUUUAUACGUUUUUAUAGAUGGUUUUCUUUCCUUUUUUUUUUUUUUUAAAAAAAAAUCAAAACUAGUGUGUUUUUCAGCAGCAGAAUCACAUCUUAAAAGACAAGUCUUGUGAUAUUCUAUAUGUUUAUUUUUGUCCACAAAUUCAAUCGAAAGACCAACAAUGAAUGUAUCAACUAACAAGUAUUGUGUGUGUUUCCGAAAUCUGGUAUUUUAUCUCCCUCUGGGCCAGAGAGCUCCCUUGUUUUCCAAAAACUAUUAAAAACACAUUGAUGACAUUGAUGAGCUACGCUGAGUGACUGUGGGCAUACACCCUGUAGUUUAUUUUGAUCAUCCUGCAGCUGGAAAUACUCACUAAAGCUCCAAAUGUGUGUUAAUCCACUGCUGAAAAUAAUCCCCAACACAUGCACUGAUUCAUCCUGUUGGAGUAUUGUUUGUUCAAAACUACAGUGAGCAGCUGUUUUAGGAAACUACUGAGCCUUCUUUUUAAAAUGAAACUAUAUUUUUGUGCAGUGUUUUUAAAGAUGUAUGUCUCCAGUUAACCAAUAAGCCCCCCUCAGCCCUGAGAAGAGCCACAGGGAAGUCAGAAAGAAUACAGAGACAGACUAACACAUUGUUGGUUUUGGUCUGCAUGUGGGAUCUGCUGACAAUAAGAAAAAUAUAAAUUAAAGUCAGCCAUGUCCUCAAGAAUUUACAGUAUCUCUGGGGCUCCCAUUAUAAAAGCAGGAAUUUUCUUAAAGUGUGCCACCUGUUAAAUUAAAGCUCAGUAGGAUGAAUUCCUGUGCUCUGUCAGCAUUGACUAAAUGUUAUAUUUUGACAUAAAUAAGAGAUUGGAAUUCUCUUUAAAAAAUUAAAUUUCAGUUUGCAGACAUCCAAAUCCAAAGUUCAGAGUUCAGUUAAAUGUUAAGCUGCUAAGCAUGAGGACAAAGACCACCAGAGAGAAGUCACAACGAAGACAGAAAGAAAACAGAGAAAGUGAAAAAACAAAAGAGAAACUGAACAAUGAGGAGAGACAAGGAGAAAUCUUUUUUCCCAACAAAGAAAGAAAAACAGAGAGAGGGGACAGAGGGGGGAAAGGUUCAGAAAAAGAGGGAAAGAGUCUCCUGUUAAUGGACAGCUGCAUUUGUUCCUAAGCAUGUUUUUGAAUGAACGUGUGAACACUUUUGGAAAUAUCCUUAAGUGGAUUCAUUUUAUUUGGAAAAAGCGUGGAGGCGGAUGUUGUUGGAUUUUUCAUUCUGAUCUCCAAUGGAAGGAAUGCUCCGCAGCAGAGCUUUCAACACCCACUGGAGGAGAAAGCUCUUCAUGCCUGACUGUGACGCUCCUUUUUGUCAUUAUUCAAUUAUUGAAGGUCACAGCUUCACAAUAACAGUUGGCCUUUGAGUUUCUGCAGACAUAAUAAACACAGUCACUCUGUGACCAGUUGCUGGGGAGAGCAGACAAGAAUGCCUCGCUCACCCGAGUAUUUCUCAGCUUUUUCUUUUUUUCUUUUUAAUAUGUCAGUUUAACAAAAUGCCAUCAAUUUAUACCAGAAAACAAUUUAUACAACUUUUAAUAAUGACUUGUAAUAUAGCUGUAGCCAGAAUGUGUUCUUGUUCAUUUAGAAAUUAAAUACAGUUUAUACAGAGUUACAUAAAGAAAAUACACAGUGUUUCAAACGAGUUAUCUUCUGUGGAAUUCCUGAAGUCGCAGUUUAUAAUAAUACUACAAUAUCUUUGGGGUAUAUCUUUUGUGUUACAUUAUCUUAAUCCAUAUAGUAUAGCAGUGGUUCCCAACUGGUGGGUCACAGCCCAAAAGUGGUCCACGGGUCCACUCCGAAUGGACCACAGCUGACUUGCAAACGUGUCAACUUUGAAAACACAUUAUUAUUUUUCAGUACAGUGGAUUUCCAGCACAGAGUGCUGUUUGAAGUGCUGUUUCCUGCUUUAGAGUGAGUGACUGACAGACAGCAGCAGCAAACUAGCUUGGACCUUGAACUAAUGACUAAGGAGAAACCUGGACCUCGUGGCUGGACCAGUUGGGAACCACUGUAUUAUAGUAUGUUGUUUAUCCAAGACUAUAAUAUUGCGCACCAAAUUCACAUCUUGUACACAUGCACAAGAUAUGAAUCUAAUAAGGAAACUUGUGUGCAUGCAGGAAAAUAUCCUGCACUAAAUAUAUGGAUCAAAAUAUGGAUCCUGUGUCCAUAAUAACUCAAGAUAUUAAAAUAAAGU